AUGGCAACAACCACGACGGUAGUCGAGAAGCCGGGAGGCGGCGGCGCGACAGACUCGUCGCCGCCUGAAGACACGCCCGCGUCGUCGUCGACGCCCUCGCCCUCGAUCCCCGCGGUCGCGCCGCCGUGGCAGCUCACGGGCGACGUCUACUUCUUCUCGUGGUGGUCGCGGUCGUCGCAGCUGCCGGCGCACGCGUACUCGCCGCUCGAGGCCGGGUCCGAGUUUGCGGCGGCGGCGUCGGGGCGGCCGGUGGGCGGGCUGGGCAUGAUCCAGAUCCUGCGCUAUCGCGACUCGCCCGUCGGUCCGUACGACGAGAUGCUGGUGGUGCCGGGCUCGUUCGACUGGUCCCGAGACACGUCGGAUGGGCGGCCGGCCGGGGUGGGGCGCAACCCGCGCAUCUCGCGCAUCUACGUUUCGCAGGAGCGCUCGUGCUACAACGGGCGGCUGAACUGGAACACCCCCAAACACCUCGCCCGCUUCGACUGGCACUUUGGCCCCGGCGGCGCCGUCACCGUCAAGGUCUACCCCCACGACACCCACGGCGACGCCUCCGAGGCCCAGCCCAGCGCCGUCCCCUUCUUCCAGGCCACCUGGGCGCCCAUCCGCUUCGUGCCGGCCUUCCCCUUCGCCACCGGCUGGGUCAACCGCCUCGGCCUCGACACCACGCUCGUCAUGCCGCCGCUGCCCCGGGGCCGAGGCAGCCGCGGCGAGCUCCCCGGCACCGACGCCUGGUGCUCGCUCGCCCCGAACCAGUACAGCCGCCGCACCCGCCUCGGCUGGUUCGACAUUGCCCAGCCCGAGGCCGCCGCCGCCGCCGACGAUGACGCCGACACGGCACCCGAGCACCACCCCAACUUCUGGCCCGGCCUGCGCCGCUGGCAGCUCGGCCUCAAGAUGGAGAAUGCCGACCUGCGCUUCGACCUGCCCAUUGACGUGUGGCGCCCGCAGAGGGCGAACCUGUAG